AUGGCUUCUUCUACACCAGCUACAAGUUUUAGUACAUGGGCUGGAGCCAAAAUUCCUCAACCAUUCUCAAAUUCAUCACUAGAUAACAAGGGCUUGCCUUCAAGGUUCUUCUCCACUAGGAAGCCCAGUAGAAGAGCCAAAAUUUACAGUGCUCUACACUCACCUUCAGUGCUAGAAUUCCCAAAACAUCCCCAUCAUUCACCAAUAAUUACCAAAAAGGACUCCAAUGAUACACUCAAAACAGCUCAACCACCACACUGGAAUUUACUUCAAAGAGCAGCAGCUAAAGCCUUAGACAUGAUGGAAGGCGCGUUGGUCUCACGCGAGCUCCAACACCCACUUCCCAAAACAGCCGACCCUGGUGUACAAAUAGCCGGAAACUUUUCUCCGGUGCCGGAACAGCCUGUUAGGCACAACUUACCGGUCUCUGGCACUAUACCCGACUGCAUUAAUGGGGUUUAUGUGAGAAACGGCGCUAACCCAUUGUUUGAACCGGUCGCCGGACACCAUUUAUUUGACGGCGACGGCAUGGUUCAUGCAGUUUGCAUCAAUGGCGAUUCAGUUAGCUAUGCUUGCCGGUUCACUGAAACACGAAGACUCAUUCAAGAAAGAGAAUUAGGCCGGUCGGUUUUCCCUAAAGCCAUUGGUGAGCUUCAUGGACACUCCGGUAUUGCUCGUCUUCUUCUCUUCUAUGCCCGAGGACUAUUUGGCCUCGUUGAUCACAGCAACGGCACAGGAGUGGCCAACGCCGGCUUGGUAUACUUCAACCGGAGACUUCUCGCCAUGUCGGAGGAUGACCUUCCUUACCAAGUUUGCAUCAAGCCCUGCGGCGACAUUGAGACCAUCGGCCGGUAUGACUUCGAUGAUCAACUCCGGUCCACCAUGAUUGCUCACCCCAAGCUUGACCCAUUGUCCGGUGAGCUCUUCGCUCUCAGCUAUGACGUUGUCCAGAAGCCGUAUCUCAAGUACUUCAAAUUCUCUAGUGACGGGGAAAAGUCGCCGGAAGUUGAAAUUUCUCUGGACGUACCGACAAUGAUGCAUGACUUUGCGAUCACCGAGAACUAUGUGGUGAUACCAGAUCAACAAGUGGUGUUCAAGCUUCAAGAGAUGAUCAGAGGUGGCUCUCCGGUGAUGUACGAAAAGAACAAGAAGUCCCGGUUCGGAAUUCUAUCAAAAAACGCUCGAAAUGCUUCAGAUAUCAUCUGGGUAGAGUCGCCGGAAACUUUCUGCUUUCAUCUCUGGAAUGCUUGGGAAGAACCUGAAACCGAUGAAGUCGUGGUCAUAGGCUCAUGCAUGACACCUCCAGACUCCAUUUUCAACGAAUGUGAUGAGAAUCUGAAGAGUGUAUUAUCGGAAAUCAGGCUUAACUUGAAGACCGGAGAGUCAAAACGGCGACCAAUCAUUCCGGAGAGCGAGCAGGUGAACUUAGAAGCCGGUAUGGUGAAUAGGAACCUUCUUGGUCGGAAAACCCAAUAUGCUUAUCUCGCCAUUGCUGAGCCAUGGCCAAAAGUUUCAGGUUUCGCCAAGGUCGACCUCUCCACCGGAGAAAUACAGAAGUUCAUCUACGGUGAUCGGCAAUACGGUGGAGAGCCUUAUUUUGUGCCAAGAGAGGGAAAUUCAGAGAGAGAAGAUGAUGGGUAUAUUCUGGCAUUUGUUCAUGACGAGAAGAAAUGGAAAUCAGAGCUUCAGAUCAUCAACGCCAUGGAUAUGACGUUAGAGGCAUCGGUUAAGCUUCCUUCAAGGGUUCCAUAUGGAUUUCACGGGACUUUCAUAUGCUCAAAGGACUUAGAAAAUCAAGCAUAGUAAUGUUGGUUGUUACAGCUAAAAGUUAUAGUUAUAUAUAUAUAUAUAUAUAGA